AUGGAGGAGGCUUCUGCUGAAGGUAAUGCACAGCUGGGGGUUGUAGAGAGGGUGCUCAAGGUUUACUCGACAUAUCCUCCCAAGACCAAAACAUCAUGGAACUCAAACUUCAGUAGUAGAUACCUUUAUAAAGUGGAGAGAGGACGCUACCAGAGAAUAAUCAUGGAUUAG